AUGGAUCAAGGAGGAUGGCAGGGAGGGUUCCCCAUCCAGCAUGACACGUUUGGACAGGAACUGUUCCACCCGCAGAGCCAUGAGGACUGGGAGGAUUGGUUAAGAUGGGACUCCAACGCCGACACCAAUACGUCGCCCGAGGACACUUCGUUCAAUUCCGGCUCCAGCAAGAAUGACUCGCCUUUGCAGGACUCGGUCAUGCCCGCAGACCUUGGUUUGUUUGGAAAAGGCAGUGAGACGUUGGCGCCUCCGAUGGUUAUGGGAGAGGAUACGUUCGACUUUGGAGCAGUGGAUGUGGGAGGGAAUGAGCCGUUCUUGUUUGGAGCAGGCAACGACGGGACUGCGAGCAUGGACUUUCAGCCUGUGAUGGACAUGGAACAACCUUCUUCAGGAAUGCCGAAGCUGGAUACGAAUGCUGCGGGCUGGGCUCUCCCUCUUGCCGACGACGGUCAGAACUUCGAUUUAUCAGCUCUCACUGCUGAGACGUGGAACGGCUUACCCUCCGCUGGCACCGCGCCGUCUACCGCGCCCAGUCUUCACCAUAGCCCGGGGUCGUCCGACCAUGCGCGUACGAGCAUAUCUUCGAACUCACCGGAUGCUCCACCUCCGCCGAAGAAGCGUGGUGGGAGGAAGCGGAAGGCUGAAGUCCAGCUCGCGAAGGAUCAAGACGAGGAGAGCUCGGAGAAGGACGCAGAUGGCAAUCCUAUCAAAAAGACAUCGCACAAUGUGAUCGAGAAGCGAUAUCGAAACAACUUGAAUGACAAGAUCGUGGAGCUGAGGAACAGUGUGCCCAGCCUGCGUGCUGUGGGCAAGGCGAACCGUGGUGAGAACAACGAAGCGGACUUGGAAGGACUCACGCCAGCGCAUAAGCUGAACAAGGCUACUGUCAUGGGCAAGGCGACAGAGUAUAUCAAGCAUCUGGAGAAGCGCAACAAGACGAUUGUGGACGAGAUGGCUACAUUGAAGGCGCGUCUGGCUGCUCUUGAAGCCACGAUGGGCAAGAACAGAGACCGUCAGGCGAGCUUGAGCAUGAGUCCACAGAGCAUGAACGGCAGAUCGAGGGAGAUGUCUUCGUCGUCGCAGAACGGCGCAGCCUUCCUCAACGUGCCGCAAGAGCAAAAUGGCUUCGGUCAGCAGGUCGUGAGGCAGCAGUACAUGCAACAGCAGGCUCAGCCGAACUACAACAGACCGCCUAAUCCCCCGGUCGACGCUCAGAACCAGCCGCAGUACGUCAACGGACGAGGUGGUGGGGUGAUGAGUAAGGUCAUGCUGGGCACGAUGGCCGGGCUUAUGGUCAUGGAGGGCUACAGCGAACAGGACAACUCUGGUUCGCGCAGUCUUGGUGCCUUCCCAGUGCCUGGUUUGUUCAAACGAGGACUGGAUACUGAGAUCUCGCCAUCUUCUGCUGCGGCGUUCUCGCGGCAGGCUGCUGUGCCGCUGCUUAAGAUGGUGCUGGUCAUUGGUGCACUGGCCUACAUCCUGGCACCCUUGCUAUCCCUCUCGCCACGUCGGAAGCAGAAGAGUCGCUCGAUCUCUGUGCGCCUACCUCAUGCGCCUUCACUGGCAUCACCAAUCGAAGUCCGCCGCAAAGCAUGGCUCACCGCCAUCCAGACUGUCUGGGUGCCGAAGCACUUCUUGCUCGAAGUCGUUGCCGUCACUGCAAAGAUGAUCAGCUUGUCUGUUCGCCGACUCGUUGGGACCGAUGCAUACAACAGUCUCACCGGCGCCAACAAGGAGGACGAGACCGCCCGCAUCAAAGCAUGGGACAUCGCUAUUGAUGCUCAGCUGGCCGGAGGCGACCAGGAGGUCAGCUACUACCGCUUGCUGCUCACGCUGAUGGAGAGUGGUACGCUACCCGAUAGCCCGACCAGACUCAUGCAGAAGGCCGUGCACUUCCGCGUGUUCUUCUGGGAGGUUGCGAAUGCUGGCUAUGGGAACAUGGUCUGCUUCAAGCAGUUCACCGAGAAGGUUGGACGCUUCUACUGGGACACUGCUCGUAGGCAGCAGAAGGAGUUGUUGCAGGCCAAGGCUCAAGGUCGUCCAUUCGAAGGCGCCGAUGACGAUGUCGAGGUGCUACCGGAUCAUCUCGCAAGCCUUCUGGAGCUCGACUGCGACGAAGUGCUCAGCGACGAGAUGAUUCAGCGUGCGUGGAACUUGGCCUGGAACAAACCGAGCGCCUACCGCACCGUCUCGAACAUGGCGCGGGAUGUUGUGAUUGAAGACCACGCUAUCCGGUCGCCCUUGGAUGCGGUUGCGGCAUGGUACGCCAACAUGACUGUCGACGACACCCUCAUCGACUCCGUCGCACCCACCACCUCUUUUCUCGACACCGAAUACUACAUCGCCCUCGCCGUCUCCAUCGCCCCUCCCGCCUCCGCCACCCUCGCCCGCGCCCUCGCCGCCAAAGCCGUCCUCUCCAACAGCAAUCGGGUCGCCAACACCCUCGCCGCCCUUGACUCUCUCCCUUCACUCCCGUCAACCUCCAACGAAAUGAACCUCGUCAGCCACAUCCCCGCGACCCCGGACAUCCGCACCGCCCUCACGCUGGCCAAACUCCACACCCUCCUCCUCCCGGGCGCAUCCGCCACUUCACAAACCCGCGCUCUCGACGCUAUCGCAACCCUCCACCUCCCGCCUGCAUCUUUCACCCUCCUCACCGCGAUCGCCACCACGCGCCUCCUCACCUCUCUCACCAACACCAAAGCCCUGCUCCCGCUGCACGCGAAACACGGCCUCGAAGACCUCGCCGCCAAUCUGCGGAUCUGGGUCGGCACGUCCGCGGGUCGCGCAGCGGGGCUGGGGAGGCGAGAGUGCGCGAGGGUGGUGGAGGGGUGUCUUGCCGUUGCGAAGAAGGUUGGGGGAUGGGGGUUUGAGGGCGGGGGAAGGGAUAGUGGGUACGGGAGUAGUAGGUGUAGUAGUGUUGAGGGGAGUCCUGUUAGGGAGGUGGUUGGGACGGGUGGGAUUGGGAUGGGGAUUUGA